AAAAUAGGUAAAAAUGCAAGACUUGAACAAAAAAAAUUUCGGAGUAAGCUAAACCAAUUAGGCCACUGCUGCUUCACUACAAAGAAGGGAUUGGUGGAUCGUUGUUCUUUUCUCUCUUCCCAGGAAGAGAAGGUGAUUGGCGUUAAGGAGAGUUGAUAUGCAUUUCAAAAGCUGUUGCUUUGGCGCGAGGAAAAGUAGUCAACAAGAUUUAGCAGGACUUUCAUCUGAAAAGGAUAUAAAGCUUUUCUCUUACAAUGCACUGAGGUCAGCAACUGAUAAUUUCCAUCAAAGAAAUAAGAUAGGCCGCGGUGGGUUUGGAACUGUUUACAAGGGGAUCCUUAAGGAUGGUACACCAAUUGCUGCGAAAGUACUAUCAGCAGAAUCAAAGCAAGGCAUUAAAGAAUUUUUAAAUGAGAUCGAUGCGAUUACAAAUGUGAAGCAUCCAAAUCUUGUCCUUUUACUUGGUUGUUGUGUUCAAGGAGUUAAUCGUAUUUUGGUGUACGAAUAUGUGGAAAAUAGUAGUCUUGAUCAAGCACUGAUAGGUACGAAUAGUGAAAGAGCAAGAUUGCACUGGGGCAUCAGAUCUGAAAUUUGUAUUGGAACCGCCAAGGGGCUUGCAUAUCUCCAUGAGGACAUCGAGCCACAUAUUAUCCAUAGAGAUAUCAAAGCUAGCAACAUUCUUCUUACUGAAAACUUUCUUCCAAAAAUUGGUGACUUUGGUUUGGCCAAACUGUUUCCAGACAAUGUCACCCACAUCAGCACGCGGGUGGCUGGAACAACGGGUUAUUUGGCACCUGAAUAUGCAAUGCAAGGACAAUUGACAAGAAAGGCAGACAUAUAUAGUUUUGGUGUUCUUGUACUAGAGAUAAUUAGUGGGAAGAGUUGUUCGAAGUCUUAUUUGUCUGAGGAUGGUAAAGUUCUCCUGGAAAGGACAUGGGAGCUGUAUGAAGAAGGAAAGCUUACAGAAUUAGUUGAUCCAAGCCUUGAAGAUUACCCAGAAGAGGAGGUUCUCAGAUACAUUAAAGUUGCAUUGUUCUGCACUCAAGCUGUAGCUGGAAGGAGGCCUUCAAUGCCUGAAGUCCUGCAUAUGCUAUCAAAGCCUAUAAAACUCAAUGAGAAGGAACUACUUCCUCCAGGUAUCAUUCAGGAUCCAACCACACUCAGUAAAGGAUUAGAAGGUUCUAGAACUUUUGUAUCCACAAGUGCAAGUUCCAUUCCUGAAUUAUCCUCUACUACUCUAGAUACUUUCACUGAGAUGGCUCCAAGGUGAUUUGUCCUCUUUAUUCUGAAGAAAUGGAAGUAUGAGAGAUCCACCGCAGGUUGGAAGCUGAGAAAAUUGAUUAGAAAGUGCUUCUCUAUCAGAGCUUUCAUCCAUUGGCUUUGGCCUUUAUAUAGAAAUUUUUAUCAUGUUAAAUAUUUUGUAUAUAUGUUCAUCCAAUUUUAAAUAUAUGAUAGGGAUUAUAAUUACAUUGACACAAAUAUCACUGAGCUAGUAGCACUUUUUCCAGAUCUUUCUCCCCAGCAAAAGAAAAUCUUGUUGCUCUCGUUGCUGACUCUGAAAUAAGAAGUCUUUUUUGCUAUAGAUGACAAAUAUUUGGGGCUUGAUAUAUUCAAUGGUAGAUUCUUUAAAGACUAA